AUGGAUGGUGAACUUCGUGAGCCAUUUUUAAUUUCUCGGCGAUUGGGAGGCGCUGUUAUAUCACGAGAUCCUCGUGGAGUUACCGAAACUUACGAGGACAUUUACCGGCCUGCACCUGGGGGUAAGUCAGUCCGCGUCCCUUACGGCUAUCGAUCUCCACCAAGACCUGGAGAAACUGGUGAAGAACAUCUUGCUGGACGAUUGGUUGGUCAAGCACUUGACCUUGGGCGAUAUAUGGACGAACGAGUUGUCGAAGCCGCUCGAAGAGAAAUAGCAGAAGCGUAUUCGCUAGAGGAAUCUGAGCUGGAAAGUGCCGCGGCAACAUUGGCCGAUCAACGUUAUAUGGAACACCUUGGGAUGCAACGAUCUGAAGUUUGUGACUUUAAUCGGUACUCAACUUCUGCUCUACUUCGACCAGCAACUGGACGAAAACCGCAUGAAGAUGAUCUCCUUUUAGUGACAAGUUUAUAA